CCGCGGCGGCUCUGGAAGCACCUGCCGACUGCCCGCCCGCCGCAGGUAGACCGGCCCCCGGGGGGAGGAGCGCGGCCAGGUGCUCCCCAGUUUGUUUGACAGUUACCAGACUAUGUUUACACUUCUGGUUCUACUCAGCCAACUGCCCGUAGUUACCCUCGCGUUUCCUCAUUGCACAAGGAGUCCGAAGGAGUCCGGGCAUGCUGGAGAAGAAGUCUUCACAGCAAAAAAAGAAGCAAAUCUUUUCAUACAUAGACACCUGCUGUAUAAUAGAUUUGAUUUGGAGCUCUUUACUCCCGGUGACCUAGAAAGAGAAUGCAUAGAAGAACUUUGUAAUUAUGAAGAAGCCAGAGAAAUUUUUGUGGAUGAAGAUAAAACGAUGGCAUUCUGGAAAGAAUAUUCGGUCAAAGGACCAACCACAAAAUCAGAUGCUAACAGAGAGAAAGUUGAUGUCAUGGGCCUUCUGACUGGAUUAAUUGCUGCUGGAGUGUUUUUGGUUAUUUUUGGUUUACUUGGUUACUAUCUUUGUAUCACCAAGUGUAACAGACAACAAUAUCCCAGUUCUUCAGCCGCCUACAUAAGAACGGGCAGGCACACUCCCUCCAUCAUUUUCAGAAGACCUGAGGAGGCUGCCUUGACUCUGUCACCCCCCACAAUGGAGGACACAGGAUUACCUUCUUAUGAACAGGCAGUGGCACUGACCAGAAAACACAAUGUUUCCCCACCACCACCAUAUCCUGGUCCAACAAGAGGGUUUCGAGUGUUUAAAAAGUCUAUGUCGCUCCCAUCUCACUAAGCCCGCCAUGGUUGUGUAGGAAAUUCCUGUUAUUUGAAUGGUUUAUUUUCCCUGGACCAAAGAGACAUGAAGAGACUUCAGCCCUUAAUGACAAACUGCAAAGAGCAAAGGAAGAAUAAAGCACCUGUGUAGGACGCCACAGCAGUUCUUUUGUCAUCUCGGACCUGAACUUGAUCAUUAUCAGCUCAAUAAGAAUCUUAUCAUUACCAGUUUGAUAAGAAACUUGGACUCCAUCUCCUUGCAGUAAAGAAGAGAGCACUUUUUUGGUUUAUUUUCAUGAUUCAGAAAGUCUGUGUUAUGGAUGUCAUCGCUAGAACUCGUGAACUAUCUUUUGUACAGAUAAGGUUGUAGAUUUCUUGUGUUGACUAU